GGCACUCCUCUCCCAAGAAGCCAAGAUGUCGAGCAAACGGGCCAAGGCUAAGACCACAAAGAAACGUCCUCAGCGGGCCACAUCCAAUGUUUUUGCCAUGUUUGACCAGUCUCAGAUCCAGGAAUUCAAAGAGGCCUUCAACAUGAUCGACCAGAAUCAAGAUGGAUUCAUUGACAAGGAGGAUCUCCAUGACAUGCUGGCCUCCCUCAGAAAGAACCCCACAGAUGAAUACCUGGAAGGGAUGAUGAGUGAGGCUCCUGGGCCCAUCAAUUUUACCAAGUUUCUCACCAUGUUUGGAGAGAAGCUGAAUGGAACAGACCCUGAUGAUGUUAUCUGAAAUGCCUUUGCCUGCUUUGAUGAGGAGGCCUCAGGAGUCAUCCAGGAGGACCACCUUCGGGAGCUGCUUACAACCAUGGGGGAUCACUUCAUGGAUGAGGAGGUGGAUGAGAUGUACCGAGAGGCACCUAUUGACAAGAAGGGCAACUUCAACUAUGUGGAGUUCACCCGGAUCCUGAAGCAUGGGACUAAGGACAAGGAUGAUUAAUCCUCUCACUCUCCCAGCUCCUUGAGCCCACCACACCCUGCCCACCCCUUCCACCUUCCAUGCUCCUCAUGCCCCUCACAUUCUACACAGCUGCCACAUACCAGGAAGGUUGAGCUCUUACCUGGCCCUAGACCCAACACAGUGCAGAGCAAGAAGGCUGAGAGCCCCUGGGCCUUAGAGUUGGGUUUCUCUUGGCUCUCAUCAAAGGGAAUGGCAC